UCUUCUUCACCUACAAUUCACUCCUCCCACACCUUCACCAAAACCUUCCACCCUCCUCUCCUCUCUCCCCCCUUCUCUCGCUCCCUCUCUCUCUCUCUAGCUCUUCAAGCCUCAGUCUCCCUCCUGUGUCCUCUCCCUCGCACGCCUCCGUUCGCUCGGUGUCGAUCCGCCUUUGCUUCCCCCAUCGAGUCCUUGACCCUUCUUUUGACUGUUUCCGGUUUCUGGGUGUUCUUGGGUUUCGCCUGUUCUUGGAAGAUCUGGUCAGCUUGGCGAUCGCCGAUCCCUGUUGGGUUUUUCUCGAGGAUUGCGUUCUGGGUGUCCCUGUUCUCGCUUUAUCCGGGCACUGGGGGACCGCCAUUCGGCGACCCUGAAUCGUAAUUGGUUAGAAUCUGGGAGUUUUGUUCGUGUACUGGGAUAGAGGGGAGAAAUUUCGGAACUUUUGCACUUGGGUCGUUCUGUUUCCGAGCCUUUCUUGAUUGAGGACUCGGGAGAGGCGAGGAGAGCGUGCCUUCGUUUUCCCGUUUGUUUUCUUGUUCUUUGGUUUUCCCUGGAGUGAAAGUUUAUUUGGGGUGAGGAAAAAUGUUGGGAACUGGAUUGCAAUUCCGGAGAGUUCGCGGCGAGGACCGGUUUUACGUCCCCGUGAAGGCGAGGAAGAACCAGAAUCAGAUGCAGAGGCAAUCGGCCGUGAGAAGUAAGAAUGAUGAGAGUGAAAGCCCAGAUUCGAAGAGGAAACCUUUUGCUUCUGAGAAUGGGGAUUCUACGGAGGCCGCAAAUGCCGUGGACAAGAGCUCGGUGGUCUCUCGCAGUAAUCUCGACAGAUUCUUGGACUCGACCACUCCUUCAGUGGAAGCUCACUAUCUCUCCAAGGUUUACAAAUACUUCACUUUGGGUGGUGUGUGUGAUUCAUUUAAGGAAUGGAGUGCGUACGGCGCGGGAGUGCCACUGCUAUUAGAUGGAAGAGAUUCCGUUGUUCAAUACUAUGUCCCAUACUUAUCGGGCAUCCAACUGUAUGGUCCAUCUACAAAUCCAAAUGCUAAGUCGAGGUCAGCUGGUGAAGACAGUGAUGUUGAUUGCUACAGGGACUCAAGUAGUAGUGAUGGAAGCAGUGAUUAUGAACUUGGGAAAGGCAUGCUUUCUAGGAACCUCCAGCAUUAUGAUCAUCCAGCAAAUGUGGUUUCUUCUAGAAUCGGUAGGUUGUCAAUGAGCGACGAGCAAAGUUCAGGGAUGGAAGGCUUUUCUAGUGAUGAUGGUGACACUGGCAUCUCUAGAGGUUGCCUGCUGUUUGAAUAUAUGGAGCGAGAUCCUCCUUAUAGCCGUGAACCAUUGGCCGACAAAGUGAUGGAUCUUGCACGUCGAUUUCCAGCUCUGGAGACUUUCAGAAGCUGUGAUUUGCUGCCAUCAAGUUGGAUCUCUGUAGCAUGGUACCCAAUAUAUCGGAUACCAACUGGUCCGACGUUAAAAGAUUUGGAUGCUUGCUUUCUUACUUAUCACUCCCUUUCAACCCCUCUCGAAGGUAGUGGAGGUACCCGUUCUCCAGUUGUUGUAUAUCCCAAUGAAACGGAAGGUGUCCCAAAGAUACGCUUAACAGUUUUCGGGAUGGCUUCCUACAAGUUUAAAGGAUCCAUGUGGACACAAAAUGGGGUCAGUGAGCAUCUAAUGACGAAUUCCCUCACGCGGGCUGCAGAAAAUUGGCUGAGACUGCGUGGGGUGAAUCACCCGGACUUCCAGUUCUUUGCUUCCCAUGGCAUGCAUGCCAGGUGAUGAUACGUGGGCAGUCUCACUGUUUUAAUAAAAAAAAUCUUCUCUGCAUGCACGAAGGAAGCAUGUGAUGAACAAAAUCGUACUCGAAUUUUGGGGAGUAGCUAUCUUUCCCUCGGAGGAACUUUUGUUGAAAUGGUUAGCUGUUGCUUUCGUGACAAAGAAAAGAGAACUCUGCUCCCAAAAUGGAGGUAAGAAAAGAAUCAGAAAAGGGUGCAAGAAUGAGAGCAGAGAACUUUCUACGGAAGGUGAGGAUCUUGAUUGCGGCCGGAAGAUACACAUGGAAGAGAAGCCCAUUAGAGUGACAAAGGUGUAAAUUGGGCUAAAAGUGACUGUUAUCUGUUGUUCUCCCCUUUCCUUCUCCUGGCAAACAUAUCUUACUAAGCUUGCUACUCACCUGCAUAAUGACAAUCUAAUGAUAACAGAGGAAAAACCAUAUGGUUUAGUGCACUUGGGGAGUUUGAUUUGUUUGCCAAACAGGCUGAAAGAAUUUGACCUUGGUGUUCCAUGUUACUUUUUGGUUGAUUGAUAGGCAAGAAAAUGAGUACAUUUUUUUCC